AUGUCUGCAGGAACCAAGAUGGCCAUGCUCGUCGACUUGAGAACCACCGUCCAAAACAACAAGCUACCACACGGCACGUUCACACGCCUCGCGACCAAGUACGGCUGCCAUCGCUCCACCAUCACGGCAAUGUGGAAUGCUCAAACGGUCAACAACAACGACGACAACAAUGGAUCCAUCCACGCUCUCCACAACAAGCGACAAGCCGGUGUGGACGUCCAAUUUCGACAAACGAUACGCAGCACCGCGCACCACGCAUCCAUGUCUAAAUCCACGCUCCAUCGUCGCGCGCACAUGAGCUCUCGGCUGGAGUUUUGCCUGUCAAACGUAACUCAACGCGAUCCAACUCAAUCUGCGUUUGAGUUCCGCGACUUCGACGAUACCAUACACGUUGACGAGAAAUGGUUCCGUAUGGACAAGGACGCGCGGGGGUUUUACCUAACGUCGAGCGAAGAUGCUCCCGAGCGACGAACACAGAACAAGCGAUUCAUCGGCCAAGUAAUGUUUCUAGCCGCGGUUGCUCGACCUCGAUACGACAGCCAGCGAAACCAGCACUUUGACGGCAAGUUGGGCAUUUGGCCGUUCGUUACCCAAGCUCCUGCCCUGCGCUCAUCAAGAAAUCGACCAGCGAGCACCCUCGAAACCAAAUGUGUCAGUGUCUAUCGAGCUGCGUAUCGGGAGAUGCUCCUAACGAAGCUGACAACGCUCUUGCGCACGUGGCGCCUGGUGUACUUUGGCCACAAGGGGCAUUGA